AUUAUCGGUCUCCGCGCCUCACCAUCCCUUCCCCCCCCCGGCUCCACGCCCUCGCUCCCCUCCCAGCAAUCUCGAUCCGUCUGUCACCUCGCCACCAGCAGUAGAGACUUCCUCCACCGCUCUCUCGCUAAUCGACUCGAUCUCCACCGCCGCCGCUACCGGCGCUACCGCCACCGCCACCAUGGCAGCCAUGGCUCCCGCCGCUCGCGGCCGCCCCUCCGCGCGCCUCCCGCUGCUCUCCCUCGUGGCGGCGUCCCUCGCCGUGGCGCUGCUGCUCUCCUUCGCGCCCGCGGCGUCGGCGCGCGGGUGGGGGUCGCUGGACGCCAAGUACACGUGCAACCCGGCGUCCAACUACGGCAUGUGGUUCAAGUACGGCUGCAACUGCCAGAACAUCUCCAUUCCCGAAAACGGCUACCGCCGCCUCUGGGCCACCUGCCCCGGCGUCAACCCCACGGCGUACGGGCGGCGCGCGUUCGGGAAUGUGUGGCUGGAGUCGGUGGGGUACCAGUCGUGGGUGUCGGCGCUGAUGAACUGCGCGCGGCGGCCCUUCUACGGCAACUCGUUCAACGGCCAGUGCCUCAUCCCGGGCAUCUACACCAAGCCCUACUGGGUCGGUGGCGGCCCCACCCCGCCUAACCGGGCCAACGGGCAGCCCUGGAACUGGAACCCCGAGCCCCCCUACCUGUAAAGCGGCCCGCUGCCUGUGAAGGAGGGGAGUGUGCGAGAGGAGAGGGCAUGCUGUGCUUGGCAGGUGUUUCAGCAGGAGAAGUACAUGUGGAGGAUGUGCUGGUAUAUGAGUGGGAUGCGAAGACCUGGGCAGAGACACGGGUGUGGAGGACAUGGGGAAGAGAGUGCUAAGGAGGGUAGAGGGAGCAAAGGAGCAACCUUGCUAGUGCCUUGGCUCUCUCUGCCUCUUGCUGUGCUGCCUGUCCCUCUGAUCCUCUGGUGUCUGGUUGGUAAUAAAAGGAAUUGCUGUUCUGUGAUAAUUAAUAUGAAAGUUGCC